AUGACUACAACCCCGGUUGGAAGAACUGCGAAACCCACACCUAGCCUGGACAUCACAAGAUCAAACUCCAAUUCCAAUGCGAAGACAACUCGAAACUCGAAAUCAAAUGCAUUUACAAACUCAGCGAUCCGAGCUUCGAGAAAUAAUGCAGAGUCCAUGUCGAAUUCCACUCCAACCCCAGAGCCAAAGACAAAUGUAAGCUUGGUUACCAAAUCUACCCCGGAGACCCAAAAACCAAUUACAAAACCAACAUAUCCAAAACCAUUGGUGAUCUGGCAUGUGAAGCCAAGUAAGAAGAUCUGGCUUUCAAAGCGAAAUAGGAAGAGAAGUUCUGAAACCACGAGUUUGAAGAACAAGGCGGAGUCCACGACGCAUCCAAUCCCAACCCCAACUCCAAAGACAAAGACAGAGUCAACCCCAGUUGGAGGAAAUAAAGAUACUGAGUCUACAACGAAUCCAACUCCGAUUCUGAAGCAAAAGACAAACACAAGCUCGGCUGGAAGAAAUGCACAACCUAAAUCUAGCCCGGAGAACAGAAAAUCAAUUCCAAAAGCAAAGUUAACCCGGAACUCAGGGUUGAAUGGAGUGAGAAGCUCUGAGAUUGCGACUGUGAAGAAAGAUGCGGAGGCUUUGCCUCCGAUUACUACGGGGAGAACGAUUAUCGAGAUUUUAGAUUCGGAUGAUGAUGAUGAUGCUGAUGGAGGUAUUGAUGAGGAUGUUGAUGAGGAUGUUGAUGAGGAUGUUGAUGAGGAUGUUGAUGAGGAUGUUGAUGAGGAUGUUGAUGAGGAUGUUGAUGAUACUGAUGGAGAUGGAGAUGUGUAUGUUGAUGAGGAUGAUGAUAUCGAUGAAGAUGUGGACCUUGAUGAAGAAGAUGGUGUUGAUGAUGAUAUUGAUGGAGAUGAAGUUGGAGAUGUGGAUGUUGACGAAGAUGUGAAUCUUGAUGAAGAUAACGAUGCGAACACAACUCCACAAUCCAUUCCAAUGCAUAGUCCAACGCUAGAUGAAACUCCAGAUAUGGUUUUGAUACCCAACAUCAAUGCUGCCCCGGCUUCUCCACAUCUAGGAGAUCUAGAUCCGAUGCCAUGGAUGCCAGAAGUCGAAGCAGUACCAGCCACGGGAUUGGGAAAUCCAUUCGCUGGAGAUGGAGAUGGAGACGCUGAUGCAAAUGCGAAUGCGAAUGCAACUCCACAAUCUAUUCCAAUGUAUAGUUCAACGCUAGAUGCAACUCCAAAUAUCAUGGGGUUGAUACCCGAUUUCACUGCGGGUCUGGGUUCGCCAUAUCUAGGAGACCCGAUGCCAUGGGUUUCAGAAACCGAACCAGGACCGGCACUGGCAUUAGAUGCGGGAUUGGAGAAUUCAACGCUAGAUGCUACUUCAAAUAUCAUGGGGUUGAUACCCAAUGCCAAUGCUACCCCGGCUUCUCUAUAUCGGGGAGAUCUGAUGCUAUCGGGUUCAGAAGCGGAACUGGAACUACCCUCGGGAUUGGGGAAUCAAGUCGCUGGAGAUGAGAUUCUUGUAUCCGAUGAUAUGGAUAUGGAUAUGGAUUCGCACCUGGAUUCACACAUGGGUAUGGAUAUAAACAUGAACGCAGACACCGAAAUCAACACAAGCCCCUUCCAGACCUCCUGGGAAGGAAUGUACAUGGACCCACCUCUAACAGCGGAAGAAAAAGGUUGGGAUUUUUCGAGUGUGGGGAUCGAGGAGAUUGAUGGGUUGUUUGAGGAGAUGGAGAAGGAGAUGAGCGGGAAUAUGGAUGUGGAGAUGGAGAUGGGGGAGUAG